AUGCCCCCUGGGGGAAGACCACCAAGGGGACGACCGGGGCGGAACAACGACAGAUUAUGGGAAUUACAACAACAACGCUCGUGGGACUACGAUGUUCGUGUGGAGGAGCUGGACACUGACGACGAUAAUUCGCCGCCAGGGGUCGAGCUGGAUCAGGGUUACGGUCAAUCAAGAUUUCGUUCAGAUGAACUUCAUUUUACUGGCAUAGAUUUGGGCGGGGGAGUUAUCCGCCGACGGCGUUCGGGUGAUUCAUUCGACAAUAAUUUGACUCCUUCGGAUGACGAGGACGAUUAUGAUGCUUACUCAGGGCUUAUUCGAAGACCAGACAUGCAGAUGGCUUACAGGGAGAAAGAAGAUAUGCUUGUGCAGAGAGCUCUGGAGCGGAUCGCGCGCGCCCGGGCUUUGGGUAAGCCCAACGUCAAGUUGAGUCGAGCUGAGAUUGAUGCUUUAAAACGCUUAGAGCUCGAGCGGAGCCAGACUCCUCCACAGUCGCCUGCUGCAGCAUCACAAGUCGCUCCAAGGAGCAAAAAAGAAGCACCGGUCGUCAAGCGCAAGCCUGUUGAGGUCCGCAAGGCGUCGGGCAGGAGCAAUGGCAAGUCUUCCGGCGGUUCUCCCACGAAAGGGAAGGCGGCAGACGGUCGCAAUCGCGGUAGAAGUUCUGCGUCCAACACUCCUGCGCGUGAGAACGCUGACAUCUCUGUGGCUGCCUACGAGCUUCCCCCGCCAGAUCUAGACUACGAUCGGAGGUUGCCUUACCCGCAGGGAUACUAUGUGGCUGGUCCUCGUCAAGCCGAACCACUACGGCAAGGCUCCCGCACGAACUCCAACCAGUCGCUGCGACAGCAACAAAUGCAGCCGAUGCUCUCUUAUCAACAUCAUUAUCAACAUCCUUAUUAUUCGCAUCGCUAUUCCUCCAACCCAGACCCUCUCUACAGCAACAGGCCCAGCUCGAAUUCCUCUCGCUCUUCACGGCCUGAUCCGUCCGAGCCCGACUGGGAGCCUCGCGCUCGCUCGACCUCCAGCCUGGUCAAUGUUCCCUUGGAUCAAUUGCCUUACCAGACAAGCAUAGGGAGAGCACCGCGCUUUGACCCUUCCGAUCCACGCUUUGCCUCGCCGCAGCGUCGAGUUGUGUCUGGCCCGCCUGGUAUUUCACAGAAUCAAGCUGGUCAAUAUCGUCGUCUACAAGACGAACUCUUCCUUUCUGACGAACGACCAGAGGUCUACAACUACCUGGCCCCGUCUGACACGGAGAACCAAAUCGAUGACGAUGAUGAGGGUAGCGACUACGUCCCGGAGGGUGAAGUUGUCGAUGUUAGAGAAAGACCCAGAGGUGAAUAUGCUAUCCAAACAAGAAGUGCAGCCGCAGGGACAUCAUCGCAAAGGGCUCGGAGUAAUGGAAAAACCAUGGCUGGGAAAAGCAAAAAAGGGAGAUAG